UACUGUACGCAUACAUGCGUCUACUUUAGUCUUUUACCACUUGGCGAGAAGUUAUGCUCGAAAUUGUGAUUGCAACUAUUUUGCUACUUUUCGCAACCCCAUUUAUUUGGUGGUACCUGUUGCUUGAAAAGUUCAAAUCACUGAACGACGUACCUGGCCCAAAACCUAUUCCAAUCUUGGGAAACGCCAAUGUGGUUGGAAAUACAACAGUCUCUCUUCUCAAUUCCUUUAUGGACUUGCAGAAACAAUACGGGGGGCUAUACAAAUUAUGGCUGGGCACAAAGUUAAAUUUGAUGGUCACCAAACCUGAAUACGUCGAGUAUUUUACAAGUUCCAACACGCAUUUAAGCAAAUCCGAUGGAUAUGAUUUAUUCAAACCUUGGCUGGGAGACAGUUUACUCGUUACCACAGGACAAAAAUGGCGUAGUAGGCGUAAAAUGAUUACACCCACAUUUCAUUUUCAAGUGCUGGAGAAAUUCAUGGACGUAUUCAAUGCCCAGAGCAACACCCUGCUAAGUAAUUUAGAGAAGGAAGUGGAAACGAACAACAACAAACGCAUCGAAAUGCAUUAUUUUGUUAACAUGUGCACUUUAGAUAUAAUAUGCGAAACUGCAUUUGGUACUUCCAUUAGGGCUCAACACAAAGGUAAUCCUAAAUACGUGGAAGCCGUUUCGAGUUUUUUGGAAAUAUUUACUUUACGAUUCUUUUCACCAUGGAUGGCGAACGACUGGUUGUUCAGGUUUUCAGAAUUAUAUCCUAGGUACAAAAAGCAUUUAAAAAUUCUGCAUGACUUCACGAAUAACGUAAUCAAAGACAGAAGAGCUGCCAGAAAGGAACGGAAGGAUAAUCCCAUCAGUGAGGAUGGCAUUAAAAUUAAGGCAGCUCUGCUGGAUAUGUUGUUAGACGCAUCUGAAAACGGUUACGAUUUAACCGAUGAAGACAUCAGGGCUGAAGUCGAUACGUUCAUGUUUGAAGGACACGACACGGCCAGUACAGCAGUCUGUUUCACACUGUUGGCUCUUGCUCAAAAUCCAGCAAUACAACACAAGGUGUACGAAGAACUGGUGGAAGUUUUAGGGCCGGAAAGUACUGACGAUGUUACUUGCUCACAAAUGAAUGACCUCAAGUAUCUAGAUAUAGUAAUAAAGGAAUCGAUGAGGCUGUACUCUCCAGUACCACUCAUAGCUCGAAGAUUGGAUACCGAUUGCGUCUUAGAUGGAAUUACCAUACCAAAGGACACAACAAUUAAUAUAUUUUUGUAUGGAAUGAAUCACUCCACUGAAGUAUUUCCUGAACCUGAGAAGUUUGAUCCUGAAAGGUUUUUACCAGAGAAACAAUCAUCCAGACAUAAUUUUGCUUAUGUUCCUUUUGCUGCUGGCCCAAGAAAUUGUAUAGGUCAAAAGUUUGCAGUUCUAGAGUUAAAAACAAUAAUAUCUAAAAUAUGUAGAAAAUUUGAGAUAGUGCCUGUUGAAAAUUAUAAGCCUGAAAUUGGUAUGUGUUCAGUUCUGAAGUCGAGAAACGGAAUUGUGAUGGGACUUAAAGUAAGACAGUAAUUAAGUUAUUGUCAUUUUAUUAAUUAAUAAUAAAAUAAUUAAUAAUUUGUUGUAAAAAA